CUCCUAUUUCUCUUGGGAAUUGUUCGCAGUUGCUCCCUCAGAUCCAUUCGUUAAAUGGUCAAAAUUCCUCUUGAGCCGUCAAAGAUUUAACGCCGGCAGGCUACGUAGGCUCUUUGCACUUCUUAUAAAUAGGGACGAAUUUUAGUGGUAGGUAUCAGUCCUGAUUUCACUUUCUCUCAAGAAACAGCAGCCGCUCAAAAUUCAAACUCCCAACAUGAAUUUCGUCAUCACCUUUUCAUUUGUUUUCAUCCUCUUUAACACUUUGCAGGCCUUGGAGAUUGGCCAACCUGAUGUCAAUCUCAGGAAUACGCCGGUCAUCAAGACCGGCAACCUGCCUCAAUUCGUCGCGCUGACCUUCGACGACGCUGUCAACAAUGAGUUGUGGGAGCAUCUCUACAAGGACCUCUUCACCGACUUGACCGACCCCUACACGCGUUGUGACCUCAAAGCCACCUUCUUCGUGAGCCACAACAACACGGACUACGCCAAGGUGAACGCAUUGCACAAUGAUGGGCACGAAAUCGCGCUCCAUUCGUUCUCUCACGGUGGGGAUCAACAGGAUUCGGAGGAAUUGGUCCGCAAUUUCCGCAUGGGCCGUUGGAUGUUGGAAAUCAGCCAAAACGUCAAGAACAUGGUCGAGCACGGAUUUCUCCCCAAGGACACCAACUUCGGUUGGCGGGCCCCCUUCUUGUUCACGGCCGGUGACGAGAGCUUCAGUGCCCUAAAUCGGAGCAAUAUCAUGUAUGACUCCAGUUUGAGCUUCUAUGAGAAGUCGUGGCCUUAUCGUUUAGCAAAUGUGGACAAGACCCAGUCAUGCCUCAUCAAGCCUUGUCCCUCGCGUCCCGACUACCUGUUCUACGAGGCUCCCUUGAGUGUCUGGCAAGGCAUCGACGGCCAUGUGUGUGCUAUGAUGGAUGCCUGCAGUUAUGGUUCCACCGAGGAGGAAGUGUUCCAAACACUGAUGGCGAACUUCCAGAGCUUCCAAAGUGAAGGAGUGCCUUUCCCGAUCUCCCUUCAUGGUGGUGCCUUGAAUAACGGCCGGAUUCCGCAUUUCCGUCAGGCUUUUGAGGCGUUUCUCCAGACGCUUCUGGCCAUGAGAGACGUCCACUUUGUGACUAUGCGGCAAUUGGUGGAGUUUGUUCAUUCCCCCAUGAAUUCGGUCCAAUAUAUGAGAAUGGCUAGACGGACUUGUUCAAUCUUCCGACCCAAGAAGCCUUGCUCGGCCCGAAGACCGGCUUGCGAGUUCAAGUCCAGAAAUGGGGAGAAUUCGGUUUACUUGAACACGUGUGCUCAGCGGUGCCCUUCACAACGGUCGGAGAUAAGGUUCAACUACUAUGGACAGUCUUGUUGUGGAGUGUAGAGAUGUUGUCAAAUACACACAUGGCUGGUUUUGAUUGAAAUAAAAUGUUGAUUCUCAAU